CAACAAGCUCCUCCCAUACAAGUAGGGCGUGUUUCAUCUAAUUCAAGAUGGCUAGAUUGUGUUGCUGUAGAUCCAAUGUGUCCUUAUUCCUAGCGGCCAUGACCCUAGGCCUACUAAUGACAGUCUAUACUAUAAGAACUAUCCAACUAUUAGGAGAGGAGGAGGCCAUCAAGGAACCAAUAACGACCUUUAACAAUAGGAGAAUACCUCGUACAGAAUUACUAGAAGAAAACAACAACAACAACAAUAAUAAUAACAACAAUAAUAAUAAUAAUGCUAUUACUGAUGGAGGUGGUACAGUGGACAGUAGCAGUAGUCCUUGUGAGUGUAAGGAGAGAGGAACAACAGUCAGUCCUCCAUCAUUAGAAACUAACAACGAACAGAAAAUAUAUCUACCGAAACCAGUCCGUAAUGAAAGCCACGCCCAGUUUAACGAGCUACCAAUGAUAUUCAUGAUCACCCCGACAUACAAAAGACUAACACAGAAAGUUGAUUUGGUGAGACUGUGUCAAACACUGAUGUUAGUAUCAAAUGUAACUUGGAUUGUGAUUGAAGAUGCAAGCACAUACAGUAAAGUGGUGACCAAUGUACUGAACAACUGUAAGGUGAAGUCAGUACAUUUGCAUGAGAAGACGACUACUUUUGUUUCAAGGCGUAAAGGGGGCGGGGGCCACAGGGGGGUGGAGCAAAGGAACCGAGGAUUGAAGUGGAUCAGAGAUAAUCACGGACUGAAGGAUAGUAAAAUGGGUGUGGUCUACUUUGGUGAUGAUGACAAUGGAUACGAUAUAAGACUCUUUCAUGAAAUGAGGUAUACUAGUGUUGUCUCAGUCUGGCCGGUUGGAUUCGUUGGAAUGUUAAGGUACGAAGGUCCUAACUGUCAGGAUGGACGUGUGGUGAGUUUUCAUACCAGCUUCAGACCCGAUAGAACAUUCCCCCUGGAUAUGGGAGCAUUUGCUGUUAAUUUACAAAUAUUAAUGAAUAAACCUGAGGUCUAUAUUAAUCAUAAAAGUGCAGCUGGGAUGCUGGAGACAACGUUCCUAUCAGAUCUUGAAGUAAAACCAUCACAGCUGGAGGCAAGAGCUAAUAACUGCAAAAAUAUCUAUGUCUGGCACAUUAAGACGGAGAAGCCCAAGAUGCCUUAUGAGAGACAGAACCCUGGGGACAAGACCAUUGAAGUUUAACGACUUUUGUAUAAUAAUAAUAAUAAUAAU